GUCACGUGGGGCGCGGGGCGGGGCCUAGGGCCGCGGCCUGAGCUGCGGACUGCACCGAGGCAGCCGGGCUCCGGCGGGUCCCAGCCAUGGGCGGCGAGGACUACUACCUGGAGCUGUGCGAGCGGCCGGUGCAGUUCGAGAAGGCGAACCCGGUCAACUGCGUGUUCUUCGACGAGGCCAACAAGCAGGUUUUUGCUGUUCGAUCGGGUGGAGCUACUGGCGUGGUCGUUAAAGGGCCCGAUGAUAGGAAUCCCAUCUCUUUUAGAAUGGACGACAGAGGCGAAGUGAAGUGCAUUAAGUUUUCUCUGGAGAAUAAGAUACUGGCUGUGCAGAGGACCUCGAAGACAGUGGACUUUUGUAAUUUUAUUCCUGAUAACUCUCAGCUGGAAUACACACAAGAGUGCAAGACCAAGAAUGCCAACAUACUGGGAUUCUGCUGGACCAGUUCUACGGAAAUUGUCUUCAUAACAGAUCAAGGCAUUGAAUUUUACCAGGUGUUGCCUGAAAAACGAAGUCUCAAACUCCUGAAGAGCCACAACAUCAAUGUGAACUGGUACAUGUACUGUCCGGAGAGCGCCGUGAUCCUGCUGUCCACCACAGUCCUUGAGAAUGUUUUGCAGCCUUUUUAUUUUAGGGCUGGCACCAUGUCGAAGCUUCCCAAGUUUGAGAUUGAAUUACCAGCUGCACCAAAGUCAACCAAACUUAGCCUUUCAGAACGAGACAUUGCAAUGGCGACCAUAUACGGGCGACUUUACGUUCUGUUCCUGCGGCAUCAUUCCCGGGCCUCCAAUGGUGCGGGAGCGGAGGUGGUGUUGUAUCAUCUCCCACGAGAGGGUGCGUGUAAAAAGCUGCACAUACUGAAGUUAAAUAGGACGGGAAAGUUUGCUCUGAAUGUGGUAGACAACCUGGUGGUUGUCCACCAUCAGGACACGGAGACUUCCGUGAUUUUUGACAUCAAGUUACGGGGAGAGUUCGAUGGCACUGUUACUUUCCAUCAUCCUGUGCUUCCAGCCCGAUCAAUUCAACCUUACCAGAUCCCCGCGGCAGGUCCUGCUGCUGUGACCAGCCAGUCUCCAGUUCCCUGUAAACUCUAUUCUUCAUCAUGGAUCGUCUUUCAACCAGACAUCAUUAUCAGUGCAAGCCAAGGUUACCUCUGGAACCUCCAGGUGAAACUUCAGCCCGUAGUGACUCUCUUGCCAGAUAAAGGGAGGCUGAUGGAUUUUCUUCUCCAGAGGAAGGAGUGCAAGAUGGUCAUCCUGUCUGUCUGUUCACAGAUGCUGACCGAGUCAGACAGAGCCACGCUGCCGGUGAUAGCCACCGUUUUUGAUAAACUCAACCAUGAGUAUAAAAAGUACUUGGAUGCUGAGCAGAGCUACACAAUGGCUGUAGAAGCAGGGCAAAGCCGGAGCAACCCACCUCUCAAAAGGCCGGUGCGGACCCAAGCAGUGGUGGACCAGUCCGACGUGUACACACACGUGCUGUCGCCGUUCGUGGAAAACAAGGAGAUGGCGCACAAGUUCGUGAUAGCAGUGCUGAUGGAAUACAUCCGUUCUCUGAACCAGUUUCAGAUUCCAGUGCAGCAUUACUUACAUGAACUUGUCAUCAAGACACUUGUCCAGCACAACCUCUUCUACACACUCCAUCAGUUCCUGCAGUACCACGUGCUCAGCGACUCCAAGCCUUUGGCCUGCCUGCUGCUGUCUCUGGAGAGCUUUUACCCGCCUGCCCACCAGCUGUCUCUGGACAUGCUGAAGGUAACCUGGGCCACGACUCUGGCUGUCACCAGCAUCCCUUCCUAUGGCUGCCCUGACCACCAUCUUUCUCACUUCCAGAGACUUUCGACAGCAAACGAUGAGAUAGUAGAAGUUCUUCUAUCCAAACACCAGGUGUUGGCUGCCCUAAGGUUCAUCCGGGGCAUCGGUGGCCAUGACAACAUUUCUGCACGCAAAUUUUUAGAUGCUGCAAAGCAGACUGAUGAUGUCAUGCUCUUCUAUACUAUAUUCCGCUUCUUUGAACAGCGAAACCAGCGUUUGCGAGGGAACCCUAACUUCACACCAGGUGAGGGAAGGCCCAGGGUGACCACAAACAGCAGGAGCCCACCUCACCCUGGGGUCUGUGAUCAUAGAGUCAGAAUGCUCAUAGAUAUGAACUACACUCAAGAGGAGUGUUUGGGGCUGAGGCAUUCAGGAUGGAAUUCAGGCAUCUCCGAGUAACCCUUAAGAAGAAAGUAGUGAUUAAAAUAGAAGGCAAGGAAGGACAAGCUGAUGUUUGUAGGUGUAUGUAUAUGAGUGGCAGGUCAGUGGCAGGGGCUGAAGGGAUGAGCUCUGUAAUAGAAAAGAGUGACAGUGAUCUCAAAAUGUAGGAGGAGGAGGAUUUUAUUAAAGAAAAAUAAGUUAAAACCCAGUACACAACCCACGAGCUUUGUCUGCAUUUCCUUCUUCCCUGCUGUAACUAGCAGGUGACUGUGCGACAUUUUCCCUACAGGAGAGCACUGUGAAGAACACGUUGCCUUUUUCAAGCAGGUUUUUGGAGAACAAGCUCUGAUGAGGCC